AGAGAGAGAGAGAGAGAGAGCGUGGUGGAGUAAAGCUAUGCAAAGACCGUGUCGUGGAGUUAUAUUGCCAUUACGCACGAUUACGCACUGACAGCUACUUUCAGGUGGAGAGCGCUCAGCGGUAAGAAGCGCAAUCUUGGAUUCCUCACAUAUACAGGAGGAAGAACACAGUUUUUUAUCAACAUUCAGCCAAUCUUCAGCAGAAGAGCUUGAUCUUCACAGCAGAGUCCAGCUGCCAUUCAUCCGCACAGGAAUGGUGGAUCACUUGCCGCUUGGUGAGGAGACCUUCCUGUAUUACACCGGCUCCCCGGGGUCUGACUAUAAAUGCCCAUGCUGCCACGCCAAUGGUAGCGUAUCACCGGGUAUCAUGGUAACUGAUGCGUGUAUCUACCACCACCACCACCACCACCACCACCACCACCAUCACCCCUACCAAGGGGUGACACUCUCCUCUUCGCCUCGCCUGUCUGAAGAUGACCUCAGCGACUCCUCCAGCCCUCGUUCCUCCCUCUGCUCCAGCCCCGAGUCCUCGUCACAGACAUCGCAGCACCUUCUCAGCUCAAGCUACGAGAGCAGGAGCAGCAGGAGCAGUGGGAGCAGCUCUUCAGGAGGGGAGAGUCAAGACAGCCUGCUGGACCUCCUUCUCUCACAGGCCUCCCUCACCACCUCGUUAAACUAUAAUGCCAACAGCAGCUCUCUGUCCUCUCCUGCAUCUUCAUCUCUGUCCCUAUCCCCACCUUCCUCUUCCUCCUCGUCUCCCACUGCCCCCCUUUUACCCAUGGGCCUGGCCUGGGAGUCCAAGAGGGAGCAACGGCAGGGUCUCCUCCAGCAGCAGGCCAAAGAGGACUCUUACGAGUUCCCCGUCUUCUUAGACGAGCUGCAGGAUCCUGCAGCGCUCCUCUUUCAGCCCACCCUGGAGGAGAUUGAGGAGUUCCUGGAGGAGAACAUGGUGGUGGCGAUGGAGAAAGAAGAGGAGGGGAGUGAUGAAGAGAUGUCACCGAUGCCAGAGGACGUUGAGGCGGAAAGUAAAAGGACAAUAGCGAGAGAAGUCAUAUCCGCGUCGCAGAACUCAGAUCAGACUGUGCCUGUGGCUCAUUCUCCACUGUCCUCCUACACAGAGACCAAACAUACACCAUGUGCCUCUGACAUGGACAGCUCACCAUCAACAGUGGAUGCUUGUUGUAUAGCUGGCACUAGUUCUUCUUUUAGUGGAGUUGAUGGGAUCAAACAGGAGGACUGUGGUUCACCAUCAGCCUCAACAGAUGGUCCCAAUGCUGCCUCCAGUGUGCCUGUCAUCUUACAAAUCCAGCCCAUACAGAUCAAACAAGAGCCCAGCCCCAGUGCCAUAUCAGAUUCUGUCACCCAGCAAGCCCAACCCCAGAAAACCCAAUCCCAGGCAACACAGGCCCAAUCGGAUAUCAAAAUCGCCCAGCUCCUGGUUAACAUCCAGGGACAAACCUUUGCCUUGGUGCCUCAGCUGCUUUCCCCAGCAAACAUUGCCAACGCAAGCAAAAAUGGAGGCGCUGGUUCGUCCAAAUUUGUCCGUAUUGCGCCGGUACCCAUUGCCGCCAAACCCAUAGGGCUCGGGGAAGGCGGGUUGGGCGGAGGUUCGGCCGCGGGUGUGCUCGCCGGUGGCCAGAGGUACCAGAAGAGUGCUGUAGCAGACCUUAUUAAAAUGCACAAGUGCUCUUUUCCCGGCUGCAACAAGAUGUACACCAAGAGCAGCCACCUUAAAGCUCACCUGAGGAGGCACACGGGGGAGAAGCCCUUCGCCUGCACAUGGCCCGGCUGUGGAUGGAGGUUCUCCCGAUCGGAUGAGCUGUCCCGACACCGGCGCUCCCACUCCGGAGUGAAACCAUACCAGUGCAUCGUCUGCGAGAAGAAGUUUGCCCGCAGUGAUCACCUGUCGAAACACCUCAAAGUCCACCGCUUUCCACGAAGCAGCAGGACAGGACGCUCUGCAAACUGACCCCCCUAACCCCGCUCUGACAGACUGACGUUAAGCAGAGGA